AUGAAGUUCAAGUCCCCCAAGUUCGGGGUCGGCGACUUUGCCGUCCGGACUCUGACCGUCGGGACUCAGGCCUCGCCUUCAUUCGACAUGAGCUUUGUUGCCCCAAUCCGAGUCAAGAACACCAACUGGGGUCCCUUCAAGUACGACGCCUCCACUGUUGACUUCACCUAUGGAGGUGUCCAGGUGGGACAAGCAAUCAUCCCCAAGAGCAAGGCCAACUUCAAGUCAACCAAGAAGAUCGACGUGAAUGUGACUUUGAGCUCUGCUAAUUUGCCCAGCAAUAUCAAUUCGAAUCUCGGGAGCGAACUGAGCUCUGGGGUCAUAACUUUGACAAGUCAGGGUGAGCUUAAAGGGAAGAUUACAGUCAUGUUCAUGUUCAAGAAGAAAAAGACCUCGCAAAUGAAUUGCACCAUGGCUAUUGAUACCACAACAAAGGCGGUCCAAUCCUUGUCGUGUAAAUGA